AGAGUUUCAAGGGUAAGAAUAGAUAUCUAGAGGCAGCAAGGAGGGAAAGAUGAGGAAGGGAAAAAAAAGUUCAAUCCCAAAGACCCUCAACAGCCUCUGUGCGAUUAAUGUCAGAUGCAAUGCAGGUGCUCGUCUGUCUGCUCUGUGUUUGCAGCCCAAACGUGCUUAUUAUUGGGGAACGGCGAAGAAGGGAGGGGCAAACACAGGUGGAUCGAGCAGUAAGAAAUGUUGAGAGACGGAAACUUCAAACAGAUGAGAGUAGUCCUUAACUUAUACCGGC